AUGUGGAAUCAAUCUCCCGAUGAUGACAUAUCUAGUGAUCUGUCUACUUUGGUUGAUGAUUUGACCCAUUUAGAUCUUCAAAAAUCAUCUUUGUGUUCCACCAUCACUUCUCCCACCACAUCUGUUGCGUCAUCAGCAGAAGUUAAUGAAGCUACCACUCUUCUUAAUUCCAUCUCAUCCUAUUUCUCCGUAAAACCAACAAAGUAUGGUGGUCGUGGUUGUUUUGCUAAUACUAAUCUUGCUGAAGGUACAAUUGUUCAUGAAUGUUCUAUGCCACUUAGUUCAACUAUUGCUCGACCUUUUAGAAAAGAAGUUUGUGGGUCUUGUUUCGAAAUUUUACACGGUAAAACUUUAAAAUUUAAAUUAAUGUCACGAAAGAAUAAGAAAAAUAAUUCUACAUCUGCCUCUGCAUCUGAUUGUUCAUUAGCACUUUAUUUCUGUUCCCAACCUUGUAUGGACAAGUUUAUUGCUUUGGAUAUAGAUGAUUUGUAUCGGGAAAGUUUAUUGAAUGUGGAAAGUCUUUUCAUUAAAGGAUUGAAUCAAUGUCAAUAUGAUCUAGAAAGGAAGAAACAACAAGAAGAAGCGGAAACAGAAGCUGAAUUAAAAUUAGAAAAUGAAUUAAAACAAGCUAAAGAUAUUGAAUUAUUCAUCUCUCAGAAGUGGCAAGAAGCUGAAAUUAAUUGUCAAUUACAAUUAUCUAAAUUAAAACCAAAACAAAGAAAAAACUUUAAUAAUUUGAUUUAUUUAAUUCCUAAAAUUAAUGAAAAUGAAUACAUGGAAAUUAGAUAUAUUAUUGGAAUACUAUUUCAAAUGUAUAAAUAUGAUAAUUGUGAAAACAACACGUUAUUAUCAGUAUCUUUAUCCUCAUUAGAACUUCAAAUUUUUCAACUUCUUCAAUCAAAUGAUAUUGAAAAAAUUUGUAAAUAUCCUUAUUUACUUUAUUCCUAUACUAAUAAAAUUUAUAAAUUCUUAAAAAUCUCCACAUUGGAAAAACUUCAAUCAUAUAUUAUUCCAUCUAUAAUUCGUUCAAUCAUUGGUAAAAAAUUAACUAAUGCCUAUGGAAUUUGGUCAAUUGAUCAUGAACCAGAUGGAAAUAAAGAAUUCUUUGGAUAUUCAUUAUAUCCAUCAGCGUCAUUUUUUAAUCAUUCAUGUAAUCCAAAUUUAAUUAAUAUUGAAAAGGGUGCAAAGAUUAUUUUUAAACUUUUAAAAAAUAUUAAAAAAAAUGAAGAAUUAUGUAUAAAUUAUAGUAAUUCUAUUAAUGAUGACUUAGAAAUAAGACAGAAAGUUUUAAAAGAAUGGUUCUUCGAUUGUUUAUGUGAACGAUGUGUUGAAGAAAUUAAUUUAAAAAAUGCAAAAAAAUAA